GUCAACUCCAUCUCUGCUGUCGUUUCCACUUGGGAUUCUCAUCUUUCUCCCCAACUCACAUUCGCAGCCAUCGGCACCACUCCCGUCCCUUUUGAUCUUUGUCGAAUUGCCUCUCUUUUCCUCCAGAUCCUGUUGUCUUCAGGGGGAAGCCGAGAGAGGUUGGCCUGUAUCAAAUUCAUCUUCGCCGCUUGUCCUGCACUUACCUUCCCCGAGCUGCUGGAGUUGGGUCGGGUGUCUGCUUUUUUUUCUGACUCGACGUUUGUGAGCUCUUCUCUGCAUAGCCCAAAAUCUCGACUUGCUCGAUAAUUUGCCCGCCUACCCUGUCCUCCCAGCGUAACUACCUGUCAAACUUUUCCAUCCGCCAUGGCGACCGCUGCUCCAUCAGUGCCCAAGCUUGACCGCUACGUGGUCAUCCACGUUGCGACCACUUGCGAUGAACAUGGUGUUUAUGUCACAAAAGAUUCUGCAGAAGUGAUUGAACUGGGUUGGAUCUUGCUCGACAGUAAGACGUGUGACGAGAUCUAUCGGGAGAGCGUCCUAGUGAAGCCCGUCAACACGCCCAUCACACCCCUUUGCACCAGCCUCACCACGUUGACUUGGGAGCACGUUCGCAAUGCCGGCUCUUUCCGAGAUGCAGUCACUCGCUUCGACCAUUUCGCUCAGGAGCACCUUAUAUCCAAGAACCUGGAGUUUUCCUUUGUGACACUGGAUUCCUGGGACUUGCGGGUCCAGUUGCCUCGAGAAGCUCGCGACAAGGCAGUCGUCCUACCGGCAUACCUGCAACACUCGCGGACCUUCGACUUGCGUUCAGAGUAUGCCCGAUGGCAGCAGCACCAUCCAGAGUCCCUGCCCUUCGGCCCCAGUUCCCUAGCAAACAUCUGUGCUGCUCUUGAGGUGGAGCCUGUGCAAUCGUCGGCGCCAAUCAAGCACAACCUGCCCUUCCAUCUGCAGGCAUUGGCGCCUGCCUCGCCUCGGCGGGCCAUGGAAGAGGCAGUCACUCUUGCCAGGGUGCUCCGCGGCCUCAUUCGGAAGUCUCAGCCCGCCCAUGAGCAUCCGGAUGUUUUGACUCGCCCCAUGGACGCCAGGGCCGAUGUGAAUGCCUUCCUGAAGGAACGCAGCAAGGUUCUACACAUGAACGGUCUGCCACACGACACAACUCAGUCAGAACUUGAAAGCUGGUUUACUCAAUUCGGAGGGAGGCCAAUCGCUUUCUGGACCCUUCGUACUCCAGAUCAGCACAAGCCCACAGGGUCAGGUUUCGCCGUGUUCUCUUCGCACGAAGAGGCCGCUGAAAGUCUCUGUAUGAACGGACGCGCCCUCAACGAAAAGGCCAUCGAGGUCUCGCCUUCUUCAAGCCGAGUCCUCGAUCGUGCCGCCGAGAUCUUGACUCCGUUCCCUCCCAGCAAAAACCGACCACGACCAGGUGACUGGAACUGUCCUUCAUGUGGCUUCUCCAACUUCCAACGCCGUACUGCCUGCUUCAGAUGUUCUUUCCCUGCUGGAGGGGCCACGGGUGUUGAUCCAUACUACAAUUCCUACGCCGGUUAUGGACCUCCUCACAUGAUGGGACAUCAUCCUCACAUGGGACAUCAUGGACAUGGAGUGGGACAUCACGGCCGUGGCGGAGCUGGUAUUGUCCCUUUCAGAGCUGGUGAUUGGCGAUGCGGCGCAGAAGGCUGUUCGUACCACAACUUUGCCAAGAAUGUCAACUGUCUGCGCUGUGGUGCGCCUCGCUCUGGAGCUGCAGUCGUGGUCGAUUCGGCCUAUCCUUCUCCAAUGGCACCGCCUUCGGAGUAUGGUAUGGGACCAGGUUCGAUGGCCAGCACUCCAGGACCCGCUCCAUAUGGUGCUGGUGCGGCUGCUUUCGGUUCUGGUGCAGCUUUUGCCCAGCCACCAAGUCAAUUUGGCAUGCCUUCUGGUAUGGGUGGUCCACCAGCCGCUCCCUUCCCACAGAUGGGCAGCAUGACUCCCGGCUACGCAUCCAGCACCAUGUCUCACUCCUCCUUUGGUCCUGCGGCUCAAGCUGCUUUCAGUGGUGCCGUUGACACGAAUGCACCGAGCAAUCUUCCUCAGAAUGGCUUUUACGGCAACGGACCUGGUGGAGAUCCCUUCGCCUUCCUCUCUGCUGGCAUUGACAGCCUCAGCAUGGUGACGCCUGAUGAAAACCAAGGCCCUCGUCGCAAUGGUGGUCCUCAGAGCGCGAAAAGCCCGGCUUAACCACCCCGAUCGCCCCGAACUCUGCCUUCCCAAGUCGCCACGCAACGUCACUAAAGUUCACUCAUUGGCUGAUUAACGACUCCGACGACAUCUUUCAUGUUGAGCAAGGUUGUCUACUUCAUUUUUUUUCCCGACUUUCAUGUACUUGAUUCUUGGCAGAUUCAAUGCACAUCUGUUUACUAGCUUUGUAUCGUGGAUAUUGGCGGGCGGUGCUGGAGGCUGGGCUGCUGGAGGGUUUGAACUUGGUCGAAAGCGCCGGCAAUGGGGACAAUCUUUGCAUAUGAGGGACGACCUAGAGAACUUGGCUUGUGUUUUUGCUCGGGACCAUGGGGCUGGGAUUGAAGAAGAUGCGAUGAGGCACAAAUUGCGAUUGAACAACCCAGGAAUAGGCGGCACGAACAAGGGAGCAUGGAGGUCUAGAGAAAACAAAAACUACCUGGUACAAGUGCGAGCAAAACUGUAUGGCAUCGAUGGGACUGUGUUGCGUUGGAGCUUGUGCGUGCCCAUGUGUAUGUUGCUGUUGUCUAGGGGCUAUUGCCAGCAUAGCGAAGGAGCAAGAGCGUGGAACAAAGGGUAUGGAUCAGGACAAGGGCAAAAAGGGACAGACAAAAGUUGUGGAAAAACAUCCAGUAUGACAUCGAACAGGACCGAGCACAACCAGGCUGCGACACAACCCCGGCACAUACGUUUUGAGAACGCCCACAGUAUGAUCUGUUUGCACAUGGCUAUUUGAGGAAUGGGAGAAUUCGAAGCUGGACAUUGGCAAUCACGGUCAAGGAUGGCUUUAACUAACUUGUUCAAACGCGGGUGGACAAUGUCAAAUCACUUUUGAAAAACUUGAUGGACUUGGUGUCGGCCGUUGCAGGAUGUGAUUCUUGUAGUGGUGGUGGUGGUGG